CGAGCCCUACGUACAGUGCUAAUCUCCCUUUUCACUACUUUGCUUCUUCGAUCCUUUCUUUCCAUCUUUCACAAAACUAAGGACCAAAAAUGGAUGAAAGCCCCCUUCGGUUUUCGAGUUGCCGAGGUGUGGCCUUCGAGGUCAAGCCUCAUGCAGACCCGUUUGCCAUCACCAAGCCGCAAACCGGCCCUGAAGCGGGCUCGGAAAGCAGACGGUUUUGGCUUCCUUGGAAAAGAGGGAGCUCAUCCCGAGUCGCUCCCUCAUCACUAAUCCAACGGUCAGUCAGCCGAACUAGUAGCCACUUCUGUGAUCUCGAUCUCGAUGAAGAUAGUGAGCACGUGAUUCCCUUGGAGGAGCUAGAGGAAGGUAAGGCUGAGGAUGAAAAUCUCAAGCAGAGUCCACCAGCUAAUGACUAUGCUAGCAAGCGUGAGCAACCCCCGAAGGCUGCACCUGCUCGGAAGCACGGUUCAAGGUUGUCGGUUAUUUUGCUUGAUCAGGGGCUGUUCACAGUCUACAAGCGUCUCUUUGUGGUUUGCUUGACCCUGAAUAUUGUUGGUUUGGUCCUCGCGGCCACGGGACACUUCCCUUACGCGAGGACGAGGGCUGCCCUCUUCUCUAUCGCCAACAUAUUUGCUCUCACACUUUGUAGAAGUGAGGCCAUCUUGCAGGUCGUCUUCUGGUUCGUAGUCAAGACCUUGGGCCACUCGUGGGUGCCUCUCUUCAUUAAGACCACAACCACAUCUCUACUUCAGAGUCUCGGUGGAAUCCACAGUGGAUGUGGAGUCUCUUCCAUCGCAUGGCUCAUUUAUGCUUUGGUACUUACUCUAAAGGAUCGCGAAAACACUUCUCCUGAGAUAAUCGCGGUCGCCUCCACUAUUCUUGGUCUCAUUUGCCUGUCUUCCCUGGCCGCUUUCCCUCUUGUUCGUCACCUCCACCACAACCUGUUUGAAAGGAUUCAUAGAUUUGCCGGGUGGAGCGCCCUUGGCCUUCUUUGGGUCUUCGUCAUCAUGACUGGGUCCUAUGAUCCGAAGACAAAAUCUUACACAGAUCACCUAGGGUCCAGACUAGUCAAACGCCAGGAGUUCUGGUUCACUUUAGCCAUCACGGUACUGAUCAUCAUCCCGUGGCUGACCGUGCGACGUGUUCCAGUAAGGAUUACUUCCCCGUCUGGACAUGCCUCGAUGAUCAAAUUCCAAGGCGGGGUCAAGGCAGGCAUCCUAGGUCGUAUUAGCCCAUCCCCCCUGUCAGAGUGGCACGCAUUUGGCAUCAUCUCCGAUGGGAAGAAGGAGCACAUGAUGCUUGCUGGUGCAGUUGGGGACUUCACAAAGUCACUAGUCAGCAACCCACCUAAUCAUCUCUGGGUCCGGCAGGUCCACUUUGCCGGACUACCCUACCUUGUCAACAUGUAUGACCACGUCCUCCUUGUAGCCACUGGAUCAGGGAUAUGCGUCUUCCUGUCGUUCCUCUUGCAACCCUGCCGGGCAAGUGUGUGCUUGCUCUGGGUGACGAAGGGGGUCGAGCAAAACUUCGGGUCAGAGAUCAAGGCGAUGGUGAGUGGCCACCCAAAGGACAAGGUUAUAGUGCAUGAUACGGCGGUUUAUGGGCGUCCAAACGUGUCCGAGAUGAGCGUGGAUGCGGCUAAGAAGUGGGGAGCAGAGGUCGUGAUCGUUACGAGCAACCCCGAGGGAAGUAGGGACGUUGUCAACGCAUGCAAGUCAGCUGGAAUUCCAGCAUUUGGUCCCAUCUGGGACUCGUAAAGCGAUAUAUAUAUGUAUGCGUACGUAUAUAUAUAUAUAUAUAUAUAUACAUCUUCUUGUGUUGUGUUAUUUUGGUUUGAAUUUGCAACUUUUAACCUGAUACUAAGAGUAAUUAAGGCUUUGUUUGGUUUCAGAGUUGUAUUUUAGAAUCACAAUUAUAACUUAAUUAUA